AUGCCAAACGAUUCUCUGCGAGAGCGCUCUUUAAGUGAUUCGCUCGUUCAGAAAACUCUAGCGCAAGAAGCAAUCGGAAAUGGCGGCUUCGGACAACUCUAUUCGAUAACCGGUUACUCUGAUCCUCCGGUGGUUUUGAAAUACUUCGAUGACACGAAAUUCAAUCCACAACAAUAUCACAACGCUCGCCUUGCGCAAUUAGCGAUUCAACAAAGGAAUCAACAACGAAAAGAUGAAGUGGAGUUUUUGAAAGCUUUAAAACACAGAGGAGUUGUUCAAUAUGUUGGAUGUGUGAAGGAUGGAGAGAAUAUUGUUGGAAUCUUCAUGCGUCUCGUUGAGAAUAAAACUCUAGCAGAGUGUAAGUUUUUGAUAAUA